UACCAUAGAUCUCGCGCCAGAUAUCCUGAUGUGGAAUUAUUUAAUAAAGAAGAUAAAUAUAAUUAUAAAUUAUUUAAAUUAAAUAUAUAUAUAAAACUGGUUAUUAAUAGUGAUUACUAUUUAUCGGGACUAGAACAGGUCUUCUAUAUUUAUAGCAGAUUACGCGGAUAA